AUGUUAGAAGGCUUGGUUGCUAACCUGCUCAACCGUUUUCUGGGCAUCUACGUCAAAGACUUCGAUGCUACACAGCUCAAUAUUGGCAUCUGGUCCGGCGAUGUGAAGCUUCGAAACCUCGAGUUGCGACGGGAAGCUCUCGAUCAACUACGUCUUCCUCUUAACGUCGUCGAAGGCCAUGUCGGUCAGCUUACACUCUCCAUUCCGUGGUCUAACUUGAGAGGGAAGCCAGUCAAGGUCGAUAUCGAAGAUGUCUUCCUCCUCGCGGCACCAAAGGAAGAUACUGAUUAUGAUCCGGAGGAGGAAGAGAGACGAGCCAACGCUCUAAAGAUGGAGAAGGUUGAGAGCGCAGAGAUCCUGAGGGACAGGAAUUCGGAAGGGAUGAGCCAGGAAGAACAGCGCCGAAAUCAGAGUUUCACCCAAAGCCUCGUUACCGCUGUCGUCGACAACCUCCAGAUCUCCAUCAAAAACGUUCACUUCCGUUACGAGGACUCGGUAGCCUCCCCCGGACACCCCUUUGCCGCCGGCUUGACCUUGAAGGAGCUUAGCGCGGUGAGCACAGAUUCGGAGUGGAAGCCCACCUUUAUCCAGUCUACAUCUGGUACAACACAUAAGCUAGCUAUUCUAGGUGCCCUAUCUGUGUAUUGGGAUACCGAUGCGCAGCUUCUAGGGACGGGUCGAGGUUCCGACGUGGGCGCUGAGGCGCAAGGCAUCGAACAUGCGGAGUUGAUGGAACGACUCAGAUCCGGAAUUGAUAACGAAGAAGGCAAACAGUUCAUACUUCGUCCGGUUAGUGGGCGUGCCGGCUUGGAGUUGGAUAAAAACGAGAAACACGAUCGCCCAGCUAUUAACGCGCGGCUUCUGUUUGAUGAGAUUGGUUUUGUUGUGGACGACGAACAGUACCGUGACGCUCUGAUGCUUGUCGACCUCUUCCACUGCUUCAUUCGCCAUCAAGAAUACAAGAAGUUCCAACCCAAGUGUCGACCAAAGGAGGACCCUCGAGCUUGGUUUAGAUAUGCCGGGGAAGCCGUCCUGAGCAAGAUUCACGACCGAAACAGGCGUUGGAGUUGGGAUUAUAUCAAAGAUCGAAGAGACGAUCGCAUAGCCUAUAUCGAUCUAUUCAAAAAGAAAAAGCGAGAGGAGAGUCUAACCGGCCCCGACGCAGAAAAAUUCGACCAGCUAGAGCGGAAGCUUGGUUACGAGGAUAUCCGCUUCUGGAGGUCUCUGGCAAGAAACCAACUGCGGAAGGAAAACAUCGGUAUUCAAAAGCCUGCACGACAACAGUCCUGGUCGGAGUGGAUCUGGGGAGCUAAGAAGGAAGAGUCUGGAGAAACCGCAAUGACCGAAGAGCAACGACAAGAACUCUAUAGCGCUAUUGACUGGGACGAGAAGAAAGCCAUUUCCGAAAGCGUCGAUGUACCAAGGGAGUGGGUUAAACUCCAGGUGAAUGCGGGGCUUAAAGCUGGAAGUUUGACGUUGCUCCGCAGUCCACAUGGACAAACAAAUGAGAUCAUGAGGCUGGUGUUCGAUAACUUUCGGGCGAAGGCACUGCAGCGCCCUGACUCCUUCUUUAUUGAUUUAGACCUCGGGGGGCUGAGGGUAUAUGAUGGAACGACAGACGGCAGCCUUUUCCCGCAGAUUGUCAAAGUUAAGGACUCUCUUCCAGAGCCCAAGAAUCGUCUAUCCCAGAUCUCUAGCAGCGGAGAGUUUGAUACGGAGGCGGCUGAAGAAGCUCUCGACAAAGAUAGCUUGUUCCACCUACAACUCGAGAAGAACCCUCUUGACAGCGAUGCUGACUCGGUAGUGAAGGUCAAGCUAAAGAGCAUUGAAGUCAUCUAUAAUCCCAGGUUUAUUGUGGAGAUUGCGCGCUUCUUCACCCCGCCCCAGCGCCAUAUGGAGUCAAUUGGAGCUAUUUUAGACACGGCUGGCGCCACUGUGGAGGGCAUUCGGCAGCAAACCCGAGCGGGCUUGGAGUUUGCGUUGCAGGAGCAUAAGAAGGUUGAUGUCCAGUUUGACCUUCAUGCACCGCUGAUAAUCGUCCCCGAAAGUAUUACCCACGAAAGUUCUCUGUGCUUGAUUUUCGAUGCCGGCCACGUCAGUGUCAACAGCGAACUGGUUGAUAGACAGACCAUGAGGGAUAUCCAAGCGAAGCAGAAGCGCCAGUAUGAGACUGGGGACUACAAGGAACUGGAACACCUGCUUUACGAUAGGUUUUUGAUUAAGCUGGACUCUACGCAGGUCCUUAUUGGUCCCGGGAUUGAGAUGACAAAGUCGCAACUUAGCUCAGAUGUUGACUCCAAAAACCUACAUAUUAUUGACCGUAUCAACGUGGAUUUCGUCUUAGAAAUGUGUAUCGUCCCAAAACUUACGGAGCUCACCCGAACUCGCAUAUCUGGCCAUCUUCCCGAGCUCCAUGCCUCCGUUUCGGACGCUAAGUACAAAGGCUUAAUGAAAUUGAUCGAUAUUGCCCUCCCACGCUUCGAUGAUGGGACUAAUGAAAGCAAAAGCCCGGCGGGGAAGGCCGAAGAAGCCGCAGUCAAUAGCACUCGGGCCAGAUCAUCCUCUUUCCAGCCAGUAGCCCUGAGGGAACUGCCUGUCGUCGACGACGAAUCCGAUACCGAGUCGGACAAUGACCCAGCUAGCAAAAGCGUGGACAAGCUUCCGGACAUUCAUCGUCGAGAUUUUGAGUUCAAGUUCACAGUUGGCCGUCUUCGUGGUUCUUUGUUUCGCUCUGAUUCGACAGAUCCCCUGCAUGAUCACCUCUUGGCCGAACUUGUCGCCGAAGGAUUUGGGUUAGACUUCUAUAUGCGACCUUAUGACAUGGUGGCCGAAGUGAUCCUGAAGUCCCUCAGCGUGGAUGAUUACAUCGAGGCAAACCCAGUUCCAGAAUUCAAGAAGAUCAUUACAUCCAAGGGAUUCGAUGCUGACGACGACAAAGACCUAUUUCACUUGAAGUUCGUUAGAGUAAAGCCCGAAUCUCCUGAAUUACACACCACGUACGAAGGAGUAGCAAUGAAUCUUGAUGUCUCGGUCUCUACAAUCAACCUCGUCGUCACCCGGAAGACCCUGCUGACGCUGCUAGAUUUCGUUCUGCUGACUUUCACAAAUCCUCAACCGCUCGAAAAUCAGGACACUCUGGUGGAUAGGGCAACCCAGGACACCGAUAAUGUUGAGCAGCAACCACAGCAAGCAGGUAAAAUCCGUAUCAAGGCUAACCUGAAGAGUAUUGCUUUGAUCCUCAACAAUGAUGGCGUGAGGCUUGCUACCCUCAGUCUCAACACAGCCGAUGUUGGAAUCUUCCUCGUCGGCCGCUCCAUGGUCAUCCAGUCCCGGAUUGGAAGCCUGACAUUGGUAGACGACGUGAAUACCGGUGCGCGUGAGACUUCUGAUCUGCGUAGGCUCUUGACUAUUGAAGGCGAUAAUUUCGCUGAUUUCAAAUACGAAACGUUUGAUCCUGAAAGCCCUACCUACCCAGGCUAUGAUUCGGAGGUCUUCCUAAGAUCAGGCUCGAUCAAGAUCAAUUUUAUAGAAGAGCCCUAUCGGAAGAUUAUCCAUUUCCUAGUUAAAUUCGGCAAGAUGCAGGCCAUUUUCAAUGCUGCACGGCGAGCUGCAGCGAAUCAAGCCAACCAGCUCCAAGGAAAUGCGUCGAGGAUGCGGUUUGACGUGGUGGUUAUGACUCCAAUUUUGGUGUUCCCGGGCUCAAUGAGGGAGGACCGUCCCUAUGAUACAGUGACUGCCCAUCUUGGUGAAAUAUAUGCAAAAAAUACCUUUGUUCCCCUCGAGGAUGAUGCAGAUGGGCCGGCAGUUAAUCUGAUAUCCUCUGGAAUUCGCAAUAUUCGCCUCACUUCUAAAUUCCACUUCGAGGGAGGCGCCGUAGAGGAGCUUGAAAUGAUCCAGAAGGUUAAUCUUGACUUUAGCAUUUGCUAUCUCGAGCACCAGAAAGACAACCCACGUCCAGACAUGGAGAUUGAAGGAACAAUGUCCCCCAUCAACCUGAGAGUGUCUCAACAACAAUUGAAAUUCCUGCUGGACCUUUCGAAGACGGUCCCUAGCGCCUUUGUGUCUGAUUCUGAGCAACAAGAGCUUGAGGCCAUGGAAGCUCUUCCCCCAUCAGUCACCAAGCCUGGAGAGGAGACAGAAGCCAAUACGACCCAGAACCGUGAAGAAGGUUCGGAUAAAGACACCAUUACUAAUGGUGAAACUUGGAUCCGACUAGAUAUGAUUUUCAAGGCCGACAGUGUUGGCCUGGAGCUUAUCCUUGCAGCUGAUAAUGAACCGGUUGGAAGCCUCGAAGAUUCCAGCCUGUCAAAGUUUUCGCUCAACGAUACUCGAGUUAAGCUACGUAUGCUAACUGAUGGUUCGCUGGAAUCUGAGCUCUUGAUUCACUCCCUUUCUAUUCGCGAUAGUCGGAAACAGGACACAAAUAAGUUCCGAAAGAUCAUGUCCCUGAUUAAUAACGACGUCAAGCAGCAAUUUAUGGCGAGCGUUUCUAUCUCUCCAGGCCCGGAGAAGCAUCUCAUCGCUAUGUUGACCAUUGAUAGUCCGCGUAUAAUUCUCGCACUGGACUAUUUGUCUGCAUUGCAGUCGUUCGCAAACUCUGUCUUCGCGACGAACGGGGUCGCCGAAGAAGAGGAUGCUGAGGAUGAACCCGAGGAGGAUGAACCCAGAUCUAGCACUGCAGAAAGUACCGACAUAUCUCUUGUGUCGCCUUCACCAGGGGAGGAACCUGCUGCCGCUGCCCCUGUACAGAUGACAGUGGCGUUUAGAGUGAGCUUGGUUGAUGCCCAAAUUAUCACCAUCGCCAAUCCUGCCAUCACGCACACCGAGGCCAUUGUCCUCGGGACCAAAGAGGUCCUCUUCUCCCAUCAAAAUGUUUUAACAUUACAUGUAAAAAAGGUUGGAAUGUUCCUUUGCCGUAUGGACAAGUUCGAGACCAGCAGGCUGCGUAUUUUAGAUGAUUUCACUCUUGAACUGUCUAUGGAUAGGCGUUCACAAGACAAAGGCAUGCUAUUAACAUCUAUUGAUGUCCAUGUUGAACCUCUUGUUCUACGGCUCUCACUUCGAGAUAUCCUAAUGGCAAUCCAAAUUGUUAAUAAGGCCUCUGAGAUGAGAGCUCAAAGGGCACUACGGUCCGAAUCCAGCGAAGGAGCAAAAACAUUAUCGGACGGCAAGAGUGCCACUGGUCCAAGGUCGAGAAGAAAGUCUGUUGGCAAGCAAUCAUUGACCGCGCCCGCUACGAGAUCUCAUCGGCUUUCUAGCGGCGCUGCUGAUUCUCUCGAUCCUAGACUGGCUCACCAUCGUUCUGCAAUCCUGAAACGGGAGGAGCUGAACGCUCACAUUGGUGGCAUUAGAGUCAUUCUUAUCGGAGACUUGCACGAUCUUCCACUGCUUGACUGGAGCGUUAAGAAAUUUAAUGUGGAUGCCCGCGACUGGUCAUCUACCCUGACGGCAGAUACCAGCUUUGAUACCUUCAUCAAUGUGUAUAAUUUCUCUAAGUCAGCGUGGGAGCCACUGAUAGAACCCUGGCAACUCGGGUUCCACAUGGCAAAGGAAGCAACCCCAGAAGUGUUCUCCAUCGAGGCUUAUUCGCAUAAGACUAUGGAACUCACGGUUACGUCAGCCACCAUUGAUCUGGCCUCUAAAUCGUUCAAAUUCCUCAAUACCGAUGAAGAUGUGCUUUCCAAACCAAGAGGCGCCGAUGCGCCUUAUCGGAUUCGUAACCACACUGGCUUUGACCUCCACGUUUGGGCUGAUGUUAAUGAAGGAGAGGAUGGACCAGCUGCGAAACUGACUGAUGGUGAAGAAUUUCCCUGGAGAUUCGAGGACUCGACUGCUAUGCGUGAGACACUUGCGCCCGAAGGCCAUGCUGGUCUCGUUGGAGUGAAGCUUGAAGGAAGUGGCUUCGAGAGUGUGACGCGUAUUCCCGUCGUCCGGGAGGGCGAGAUCUUAUAUGGCCUGAAGCCAAAGAAGGACGGUAUUCUUCAUCGACUCCUUGUGGAAGUCAAGCUCGGCACAGACAAUGUGAAAUACAUCACAUUCCGCUCACCGCUUGUCGUGGAGAACAACACCCAAAUCCCGGUGGAACUGGGUAUCUUCAACCCAGAUGAUGGCCAUCUCCUGAAAAUCGAGAAGAUUCUUCCCGGAGAUGCUCGACCCGCGCCUGUUGGGGCUGCGUAUAUGCAUUCUCUUGUUAUCCGCCCAGACCAAGGCUUCGGGUAUGACUGGUCGAAUGAGCAGCUAUAUUGGAAAGAUCUUAUGCGUCGACCUACUCGAACCAUUAAAUGCUUGAGUGAGGGUGGACAACAGGCGGCCCCAUUCUAUUUCCAAACCAAUGCUACGUUCAACGCACGCGAUAACCUCACUAAGGUCUAUCCGUAUAUGCGGAUCAGGGUCUUUGCCCCUGUUGAGAUCCAGAAUCUUCUUCCCUAUGACUUCAAGUACCGCAUUUAUGACAAAAACACCAAAAAAGACUGGACUAAUUUCUUGCGUAAGGGCGGUGUCAGCCCAGUCCAUGUUGUUGAGCUAUCCCACCUUCUCCUACUCAGCAUUGACUUGGAGGACACUGUUUUCAAACAAAGCGACUUUUCCAUUAUCAAUGGAAGCACACAGGACUUUAGGAGAGAGGAUACCCUGACAUUAAAGGACGAGCGCGGUCUCCAGCUCAAAUUGAAACUUCAUUAUUAUAAUGUACCCGACAGUGGAGGCGCGUUCAAGGUGUCUGUUUACAGCCCUUAUCUAGUCCUGAACAAGACAGGCCUUACUAUGGAAAUUCAAAGUAAGGCCUUCCUACAGUCUGCUCGAUCUGCAGCUGGUCAAGGAAUUAGAGCCGAAUCCGAUGUGGGACAGACGGGUCGGGCACUUCCAUACAUGUAUUCUUAUCCGUUUGAUGACCAGAAAAAUCGGUCCAUAUUGAGGAUAGGUGGCUCCGCUUGGAGUAAGCCGCAAAGUUUUGAGGCUAUUGGAAGUACAUUCGAAGUCGUUCUUCCUGAUAAGGAUGGCAGAUCUGAAUUCCACUCUGGAGUGUCGGUUGCCGAAGGCGAAGGCAAAUACAAGAUGACCAAGAUUGUUACUAUCGCGCCUCGCUAUGUGCUCAAAAACAAACUGAGCGAGGACAUUUUGGUUAGAGAACCGGGCUCGUCGAUUGUUAUAGAUAUCAAGAGUGGCGAACUGCUGCCUCUUCACUUCUUGCGUCAAGUCGGAGAGAAGCAGCUCUGUCUCUGUUUCCCUGGUGUCAACAAUCAAUGGUCCUCUCCGUUCAAUAUCGCCGAUAUUGGCACAGUAUAUGUCAAGCUUGCCAAGCAAAACCAACGGCAAAGACUCAUCAAGGUCGAUAUCAUCAUGGAAGGCGCGACUCUCUUUAUCCAUUUCAAUCUUGAGCACCGAAACUGGCCAUUUUCCAUGCGGAAUGAGAGUGAUAUGGAUUUCAUGUUCUACCAAGCCAAUCCAAACUUGGAAGAUGACGAGGAGGACCGAACAAAUACCUGGCGUCCAAUCCGCUAUCGUCUUCCUCCCCGCAGUAUCAUGCCAUACGCCUGGGAUUAUCCUGCGACCAAGAACAAAUCCCUUGUGUUGACAUGCAAGGGUAAGGAAAGGCGGAUUAAGCUGGCCGAAAUUGGUAACCUGAUUCCCAUGAGGAUACCUCCUGCCCAAUACGGGGAGCAGCAGAAGAUCAUCGAUAUCAAUAUCGUCGCUGACGGCCCGACACAGACCCUGGUCUUGUCAAAUUUCAAGGCAUCGAGGAGUAUGUACCGGCAGCAGAGGGGACAGGCUUCGCAUUCUAGCAUAAGCGCUGGGUUUGAGGUCAAAGAAUUGGAUUCGGAUGUCAACUUUAAGGCCCAGCUUCGUCUUGGAGGCAUUGGUAUUUCCUUGAUCAACCAAAAGAUGAAAGAACUGCUCUACAUGACUUUCCGUGAUAUUGAGGUUAAACUCAAGGAAUCAAGGGUCUAUCAAACGUUGAACACCACAAUCAAAUGGAUCCAGAUCGAUAACCAGCUUUACGGAGGAAUCUUCCCGAUGCUUCUGUACCCUAGUGUUGUUCCCAAGACUGGCAAGGAAAUGGACGCUCACCCCAUCUUCCACACCAUGAUUACCCGCGUGAAGGAUGACUCCUAUGGCGUGCUCUACAUAAAAUAUGCUACCUUGCUUCUCCAGCAGAUGACCCUUGAGCUUGACGAGGACUUCAUUUUCGCAAUGCUCGAUUUCACGAGGGCUUCUGGUGCCUCAUUCUCUGAAAAGCACGAAGGAAAGCUCUGUGACGAAGAGCUAAACAUUCCGGAGCCACAGAGCGAAGGCGCUGGCCAGGACGUAUACUUUGAGGUUCUGCAUCUGCAACCCAUGCAACUUGACAUCUCUUUGAUGCGUACCGAACGUGUCAAUGUGGAGGACACCCUUCAGCCAUCUAAUCCACUGAUGUUUAUUGUGGACGUCAUGACAAUGUCAAUGGGUAAUAUCAACGACGCGCCUGUUCGACUCAACGCGCUUAUGCUAGAGAAUGCUCGAGUCUCCUUCCCUGUGCUUGUCAGCAACAUCCAGAGGCACUACACCCAGGAGUUCCUCCGCCAGAUUCACGUAGUUCUCGGGUCCGCGGAUUUCCUCGGAAACCCUGUUGGGUUGUUUAAUAAUGUUAGCUCUGGGGUUGCGGCAAUCUUCUAUGAGCCAUAUCAAGGUCUUGUCAUGACUGACCGGCCUCAAGAUCUGGGCUACGGCAUUGCCAAGGGGGCCGGAAGCUUUUUGAAGAAAUCUGUCUUUGGUUUCUCUGAUAGUAUGGCUAAGCUUACAGGUAGUAUGUCGAAGGGCCUUGCAGCUGCUACCCUUGACAAAGAAUUCCAGGACCAGCGACGCAUGUCGAAGAACCGUAAUCGACCUAAGCAUGCCUUAUAUGGUAUAACAGCAGGUGGUAAAGCGUUUGGAAACAGUAUCGCUAGCGGCAUUGGUGGUCUUGCACGCCAUCCAUUGCAAGGCGCUGAAAAGGAGGGAAUCCAAGGAUUUCUCAAAGGUGUCGGCAAGGGUGUUCUAGGCUUGGCUACUAAACCAGCUAUCGGGGCCUUUGAUCUUGCUUCCAAUCUUGCCGAGGGUGUUCGAAACACCACUACAGUGUUCGAUGCUGAAGGGCUCGAUCGUGUCCGACUCACUCGCUUCAUCGGAAUGGAUGGCAUCGUUCGGCCAUACUCGCAGCGGGAAGCCCUCGGCCAAUUCUGGCUUAAAACAGCCGACGACGGGAAAUACUUUAACGAGGACUACAUUGCGCAUCUUGAGCUUCCGGGACGCGACAUACUGGUUAUGCUGACCUACGAUCGGAUCAUGCUAGUGCGCACCAAGAAGCUCGAAACUGAAUGGGACAUUCGACUGACAGAUAUCCAAACGAUUUCGAAGGAGCGAACGGGAAUGAGCAUCAUGCUCAAGGGCGGGGCUAAUGGACCAUUUAUCCCUGUGCAGGAUGAGAGUGCACGCAACUGGUUGUACAAGCAAAUUGCCGUUGCUGUGAAUGCAUUCAACGAGAAGUAUAAUAGCAGGGCAUGA